UCCCCGGGGGAAACUGGGACGUGUGGGGGGGUCCCGCCAUCUGGGACUCCAUCUCCUCCACCAGUAACCACUCCCUCCGUGGCUCCCCAGUCUACUCUGUGUACUGGGGGGACACGGGGGGCCCGGGCUCCCCUGCUGGCUGGCCGGAAGGGGUGUGGGUGAUUCGCGGUGGAUCCCUGGCGGCCAUCAUGGCGCUGGUGGCCACGAUAUCGGUGCAGGUGGCCCGUGAUGGCCCGGCACGCAGGGCCUCCGUGGCUGAGGGUCCCACCCGCGUGCUACACGGCCAGCACGCCACGCUGGCCACCAACCUGGCCACCUCUCUCGCCUCGGCGCAUGUCCUUCUCAUCUUCGGUAUCCAGGCCACAGGAAGAGCGUGGGUGUGUGGAGUUGUGGGUCUGCUCCUCCACUUCCUCCACCUGGUAUCCUGCUUUUGGCUCCUGGCUCUUACCACGCGGCUCCUCGGUUCCCUUCUGCAGCGCCCAGCCAUGCACACCGCCUUCUACUGCGCCUCCGCCUGGGGUGCCUCGCUCGGCCUCGUGGUGGUAUCCUACGUGGUGAAUCCUGAAGGAUACGAGACGAGGAGGUACUGCUGGAUGUCCGUGGAGCGAGGGAUGCUGGUGUCCUUUAUCGUGCCUGUGUGUUCCCUUAUUCUGGUGAACGCGGGUCUGUGCCUGGCGGCCCAGAAGCUGCUGUUGGACAUGCGCGAGGGCGUGAAGCACGAGGUGAUGGCGGUGCACAAGCGGGACCUGCGGGGCGCCGUAUGUCUGCUGCCGCUAGAGGGCGUCUCGUGGUUCCUGGCGGUGGUGGCGCUCGAGGACCACCAAAGCCUCGCCCUAGACUGUGCAGCCGCCCUCGUCAGCGCCUGUUUGGGGUGGCUCAUUCUGUACUUCCACGGGUGGUCAUGGAGAUGUCACGGCCUGUGCUGGCUGCGACACCGCCUCCACUCCUCCUCCACAUCCUCCACCUCCUCCAACUCCUCUCGCCGGAUGGAAGACCUCUCCCUCCCGCUCACCGCCCGCUACGACCACGACCUCGCCCACCAACCCCUCCUGCAUCCCCUCCCGCCGCCCCCGCCGCCCCCUCUCCCCGCCCAAGGAACUGUUACCGUUACCCCCGCCCCCUGCCCCCCAACAGCCGUCACCCCUCCCCCUCCCGCUCGGCCUGAAGAGUUCCCCCUUCAGCCUAUCUUCCCGGGGCACGAGCGGCGGGAGGUCUACUGAAGAAGGCGCCAACGAAGGGAAGCGCACACGGGUGGUGGCUGACACGCGUUCUCAAUCAGUGCGCACACACACACACACACACACACAAACACACACACACACAGUGAAGAUAACAAGGCCCUAAUAAUUCUAGGUAUGACAGAGAGAGAGAGAGAGAGAGAGAGAGAGAGAGAGAGAGAGAGAGAGAGAGAGAGAGAGAGAGAGAGAUGCAGGGCACGACAACAGAUAGAGAUAAAAGAUAAAAGGGAGAGGAAAACAAAACAGAGAAAAGAAUUAAAGGAAAGAAAGAAAGAAAGAGAAAAAGAAUGAAAGAAAGAAAUAUGCCUCCAUUUCUUCUUUCAAAGCGUGAUGAAAAAAACGUACCAAAAGAAAGAAAUGGAAAGAAUAAAAGAUAAUUUCUCAAGCGGAUCUGGUGAAGUUGCAAGGGAAAUCAAAAGAAAAAAGAAAAAAAGAAAAAAUACACGAGAAAAGAAAAAAAAAACAAUAGAAAAAUUACACCAGAAACAAAACAAAACUGAAAAGAAAUACAACACACACACACACACACACACACACACACACACACAAAAGCGUCGUUGGUCAUACAUACAUACAUACAUACAUACACGCUUUCACGGUCCAGUGUUCAGACCCACCAAUGCUCACAGUUCGAACCUUGAAAACCCGGUGUCUCAUUGUCUCGAAACCCAAUGACUCACUCACUGUUUCGAAACCCCGUGAGUCACUGCUUCGAACCCACCGGUGAGUCAAUUUCGAAUCCUGGCGACUCGUUUUUAGCAUUCCGUAGGUGAGUCAUGGUUCGUAUCUCAGCGGUGACUCACUGCUUCGAAAUCCGGAGAAGUGAAGCACUGUUCGGAUCACUAUGACUCGUAGUUUCGAAUCUUACCGGUAACAGAUUUUUCGAAUCCUUGUAGUUGUGUGUUUUUUUUUGUUUUUUUCUUUUAAAGUAUGAAGAGUUUAGUAGAUUAGUUAUGAUCCUCCUCAUCUUCCUCCUUCCCCUUGAUGCUGCUUUUAUUUACUCUUUUCUUUUUCAUUCAUCAAUAGUCAUUUAGUAUAUAUAAUCGUCCUUAUUGUUAUUCUAAUUGAUGUUGAUGUUGUUGUUGUUAUUGUUUAUUGUUAUUAUUAUUGUUAUUAUCAUUAUUAUUAUUAUUAUUAUUAUUAUUAUUAUUAUUAUUAUUAUUAUCAUUAGCAUUA